AAUGGACGGUGCCAAUGGAUCGUUGACCGUUUGCUUACCUUCGGUCGGUUAGAUCCUAUUCCCAAAGAUGACGGUUACAUACUCGUCGGUUGUGGCAACUGCGAAAUAUUGGACUUUUAUAAGAUUAUUGUUUAUGUGGAAAGGAAGCGUUUAUCGUCUGGUUUGGUUCGAGUUUUUGGUCUUCGUCGGUAUAUACUCCGUUUUAUCUGUUACAUACAGGUUUAUCCUCAGUGCGACACUGAAGAGGUUAGUUAAAUUGUCCAAACGUUGACGCUGAAUAGCUACAUACAUAAAUGAGUUAGUAGAUUUUAGAACUCACUCGUUUGUUGCAACCGUGUUCGUUGUGAUAAUCUCGGAUUUCCUGUCCGUUUCCUACCUUAUGCAUAUAUACGUUUUGCCAAUAUGAACCCUUUCAAGGCGGUCUCCAGUUGACUUGGUGAUACACGUAUUUUGAGCUAUUGUGCAUCUAUUGUGGCCAGUACAACGAAACGGUCCCUGUAGCAUUCGUUUUGGGCUUUUACGUUUCACUUAUUGUUCAACGUUGGUGGGAACAGUUCCUAGCAUUACCAUGGCCUGAUCGUUUGGCUUUGUUUAUAACAGCUUUUUGUCAUGGGAACGCUGAACGCCCAACAAGAAUCAGGCGAAAUAUAGUUCGAUAUAUCAAUCUAUCUUAUUGUAUUGCUUUACGUGCAAUCUCAUCUCGAGCUCGCUUGCGUUUUCCAACAGAAGAACAUCUUGUUACUGCAGGAUUGAUGACACAAGAAGAAUUGGAUAUUUAUCGUAGUACUCAACCCAGUGAAUAUACUUUAUACUUUGUUCCGUUAGUAUGGGCCCUAGAUAUGGUUACAAAAGCUCGUGAAGAAGGCUACAUACGCUUUGAUAGAGCUGUAGAAAUUUUGACGAAUGAAAUCACAUCAUUUCGUAGUAAAUUAGGUACAAUAUUUGCUUAUGAUUGGGUUAAUCCUCCACUCGUGUAUACCCAAACUGUAACAAUUGCUGUAUAUGGAUAUUUUGGUACAUGUUUACUUGCAUGGCAGUAUUUAGACCCAUCGAAAGGAUACGAAGGUCAUGAUGUUGAUAUUUAUGUGCCAAUUUUCGGUUUACUACGUUUCUUCUUCUAUAUUGGAUGGCUGAAGGUUGCAGAGUCAUUAAUUAAUCCAUUUGGUGAAGAUGUUGAUGAUUUUGAAAUUGAAUAUUUAAUUGAAAGAAAUUUACAAGUUUCUUAUCUAAUUGUCGAUGGAAUGCAUCAUGAGCAUCCUGAUCUUGUACGUGAUGCAUACUGGAAUACUACAGACAUUGUACUACCAGACUGGACAAAAAUUGCAACUGAUGGCGGUGCUGCAGAAGCCAAUUUGGACGCAUCAGAAGGAGCUGAUAAAUUUAUUGGCUCGUUAGCAAAUAUUGAUGUUACCGAACGUAGACCAAGUGUAUUAUUUUGGAAUAGUUCAAAUCUGCACCGACGAAGGACAUCUUCAACGAGUGCAAAAAGAUCUCCACAAAUAUCAUAAACAAGAAUUUUGAGCUUAGAUCUAUGACUUACAUCGAGAUAUAUCUUAAUGACAUAUGGAAAACAUCUUUUUUUAAAAAUAAGUAUUACUUGUAUUUUUGUUUUUUUAUUUGUAUAAUCCAUAAUGAAUUGACUAAAUUUUGGUGUUGUUGAUCCAAAAUAAUGUGAGAAAUCUUUUUGUAAUUUAAUUUGCCUUAAUUGAGAUUUUCAUUCAUAUUGAACCAAACAAGCAAUUUUGUUCAAUAAAAUUGAAAGAUGAAUAAUGAUGAUUGAAUGGAAUAUAUGAAGUACAAUCUUUUUUUCCAUACUUUGAAGAGUUCAAUUCUUAUCUUGAAUAUGAGAGUUAGAUGUGUAUUGUAAAAACAAUCGUAUUUGAAUAAUAACAUAAUAAACAAAUUUAUUACUUAACCAUAAUCUUAAGAAGAGAGAUUUUUCUAUUAUAAA